CAAAUUGUUCGUCUUCACCUUCAUCAGAAUUAUCCGGAAAAUUCACUGAGGUGGUCGAGUUGCACGUGCAGAUAACUGGAAAUUGUUGAAUAGAAAUGGGGAAUAGUCCUAGCGGCCCUCGUCUACUGGGAAAUCGAAACUAUUAUUCUUCUUACGAUAUUAAACUGGGCAAAGCGGCUACCAUUAGGGUCAUAAAAGAUGAAAAAAGUUGUAUGGGCCCAUGUUCGAGACUCAUGUACGACGUAGACAGAAUGACUUGUGUACUUUCCAUAUAUAGACCAUUUGAUGAAGGAUUUAUCUUGACUGUCCAAGAUGGUCAUACCGUAAAGUCAAAGGAGGAUUCAGAAGCUGGUAGCCUUCAUAAACGUGAACUUAUUACCUUUAUAGCGCAAAAAGGCAGAGAAACUGGUCUUGACGUAAUUCCUAUAGGAAUAGGAACGGUUUUAAAGUCAGUGAAUUUUUCAAAAAUUCGUGAAUCAUAUGGUGGCGAAGUAGAAACGCAGAGUUGGACAUAUGCGUCUGAGAACAGUAAAGGGCUUUUUUUUUUGCAGAACAAGAAGAAAAGCAACGAAGUAGAAUGCUACAUGGUAACCAUAGCACAUUAUUUAGUGAAUAGUGCUAGUGGUGGAAAUUUUGGUGAGAGUGGAGUGAAUUUGGGUUUUUCAGUUGUGGUGAAGUUUGGAGUGGUCAAUGGGAAAUUAGAUUAUAGCGUAGAUGGCCCUGUGGAACACCCUUCUUCUGCAUUACUUUACUUGAUUGAAGAAGUUUGUCAAACAGGGACGUGGAAGCCUUCUGCAUGCCCUCAUUGCAAGAAUAUCCAAUCCCGACAGCGUAGAUGGGUUUCUGACAGUGAAGACAGCGACACCAAUCUUCGAACACCACCAUUUUAUGGAGGCCAACAAAAUACAUCAAAUAAAGGACGCUUCGAUGGCGAUGGCGCCGGUAGUAUGUUUCGAGCAAACAGUGUUAACUUUAAUAAGUGGAUAUUGACGCCAUCAUCAAAUUUUUGAAAAAAAAAAAAGUGAGUCAAAGUCUUACGUUAUGUAUUAGGGACCACCGACCGGUCAUGGUCAAUGCCGGACGGAAGACCCUCGCUAUCCGACGUUAUCUGGUAUAGGCGAAGCCGGCGGUAGAAAAAGGAUCCCCCGAACGGGCCCGACAGCUAGCGCCCUAGCUUUCGUGUCAUUCCGCUUUCCGCCGAUACUGACAGCUAAAGAUUACCGGCCGGUUACACCAUGACCGGACGGUCAGAUACAAAAAUCCACCCGUAGAAUAAGAUUUAAGGGGAGGCGUACGGUCGGCACAAUGACCGGACGGUCACGAUCAACAGGGUUAAGGUAAGUGUGGAAAGAUUAGCAUAAUCCAGUGUUUUAGAUGGCUGGGCCACAAUUGGGCCUUAAUUAAAGUAAUCUUAAUACCAGGCCCAUGUCUACCACUAUAAAUAUGAGUCAAAGGUCACAGGUAGGUGGAUUCAUUUGAUUGCGCAUUUAAUUCUGAAUUAAGAUAUCCGAUCGGAUAACCAAACUGACUUAAGCAUCGGAGUGUCUUUAGCAGGUACCCUCCGGGAGUUUGAAGCACAAGAGCACGCGAGAGAAUUCGGACAGGAGGUGAAGCAGAGGAAAUUGUGUAGGUGACUUGGAUCUCGGCCCUAUACCGAAACACGUUAUAUCAUAUUAGGUUCUAUCAUAUGUAUAAUAUCUUCCUUAUGAAAAGUGGUGUGAAAUG